AAUGAGAUCAUGAGGGCUUCGUUACUGUCGCACGGAAUCCUUACAAACUCGCUAGAGACAGUAUUGUGGCAGGCAGCAAGCAUGGUGGACGUUGCAGAUCCAGGAGUAGUGAAGACGGGAGCGUACAAGUACGAAGAUGGGACGAGGUAUGUGGGUGAAUGGAACGCUAAAGGGCAGAAGCAUGGGAUGGGUCAUCUGAUGCUGCCUGACGGGACGAGAUAUGACGGAGCCAUGAUCGGAGGUCUCUGCUCUGGACUUGGUGUCAUGGCGUUUCCCGACGGUGCAAAGUAUGAAGGGGAAUUUAUGCAGGGCUGGUUCCACGGCCAUGGUGUCUUCUGGCGAGCUGAUGGGAUGAAGUUUGAAGGGGAAUUUCGUGGUGGAAGAGUAUGGGGCUUAGGUCUAGUGACAUUCAGUGAUGGCAGCAACGGUUUUCCACGCAACGAGGGUUUCUUCCAAGACUGCAGGCUGGUUAGGCGCAAGCGGUGUCCCGAGGUGGUGCAGCGAGCACAGAAAGUGGCAUAUAUGGCCAGGGCGCAGUGUCAGCAAAUCUAGAAUGUAUAUCUUAUGCAUAUAUACCAUAAGAGUUAUUUGAUGAAUAAGGGUUGGCAUAUCAUAGUACAGAAA